AUGAUACCUCUCCAAUUGGACCCCAUUGUUUCCAAUCUACCGCUAUCCAAUGAGUCUAUCAGUGCCGUUGCGAGUUACGAAAGAAGUAUUUACAUUGGAACAUCAAACGGAGAACUACUUCACUAUUACAUAUUCGAGGAUGCUACUGAAUAUCUACUUAUUGGCCAGCUCCCACUAAAAAAGCAUAUAAACAAGAUUAUUUGUUUAAAAGAUCUGGAGCAAGUGUUUGUCUUGGUUGCCGAUGUUUUAAAGGCCUUUUCAUUACCAGAACUCACGCCAAUCUCGACAAACACUGAAUUGAAAGAUGUACAAAAUAUAUGUCCCAAUGUAGAUGGAAACCUCAAUGGCAUAAUGAGUAUUACAUCAUCUAGCAUUCAAAGUAUCACAUUAUCUGCUAACUGCUGGUCAGUGAGUAGGACUUAUGAUGUCUCGAGGGCUAUGCUUUGCACACUGCCAAACAAAAAUGGUAUGAUAUUUGGAGCCGAUAACGAAAAAUAUUUCAUAAUCAAAAAUGGUGCAAUGCUGCCGCUUUUCGAAUACAAUUCAGGGGACAAAUUUGAACCCCAUUUAGAACAAUUUUAUACAAGUACUGGCUCGGAAGAAUACUUAUUUACAAUUCUGACUGAUUUGAACACUUCGAUGGCGAUGUUUAUCAAUUGGCAUGGUGACGUAACUAGAGGAACAUUGACAUGGGUUGACCAUGGUUACCCUGAUAGUGUUACAGUUGUGUGGCCGUAUGUUUAUGCUGUUUUUCAAAGUACACUUGUUGUUUCAUCUUUGGAAUCGUUGGAACAUGUAAAGACGGCACGGGUUAAGGAUAAUACUCAAUUUCAAAGUUUGAUUGAUGCGCUGGUUGAGGAAGAAGAAGAGGAGAAGGAGGAACAGAAAAAAGAAAACAAAGUGACUGAAAAAAAGUUUAUUGGUGAGAAUGACAGUAGUAAGAAAAAAAAAGAUGAGGGAAAAGAGGUUAAACUUGAGUCAGCUGAAAUUACAUCUUUUCAUGUUCAGAAUAAUUCAACAUACUAUAUUGACCAGCCGGAGCAAGAGAUUAUAGGUAAAACACAGUCAACAACAAAACAAAGUAAUUUGAUCGUUUUUAGCAACAAGAAUGUCUAUGCACUACACCCUGUUUCAUCUACGCUUUCAAUUCACGAAGCAUUUCAAAAUGCUUUGAUUACUGAUGAAUUUGAAAAAGUAUUCAACAAUACCGAUGAAUCUGAUUAUGCAGUUCACGUCAAAUUGCUUGCUUCAUUUUUAUCAGAUGAAAAACCUGUGUUUGACCUUCUUACCAAACGUCGUUUUGAUGGCAAGUUGGUAGUUGAUCCUAAUUUGGCAAUCAAACUACUCGGAGGAGGUGACCAAUACACGUAUGAGGUGUUUCCUGGAUUGAACAACAUUGUAAAUGAAUGGGAUUAUUCUGAUGCAGAAUUAAUGGAAAAGUACUUGCUGGCCUUGGAGCCCUCAGAUGUUUCUCCAGAAAUUAGGAAGCUCGUUUACCAGAUAUGUACUGAGGAAGAAAAAAUUCAAACAUUUUUAACUAGGGAUAAGUGGACCAGCUUGGCAACUGAUAAGGAAAUAUUGACUGUGUUGACCGAAAAGAAAAUGUUCAAAUCGGUAUCGAAAAUUUAUGCAGCGCUCGGCAAGGAGGCGGCUAAAGCGUAUCUGGAGUUUUUACAACAACAUAUAAGCAAUGAACUUGUGGAUGAUGGUAUUGAUUUGUUAUCACGAGGUGUACUCGAGGAUCAGGAUUACACCAAUUUGGUGAUGGUUUUGUUGAAACAAAAUAAGGAUAAGACGUAUAAAUUUAUGCGGAAAAGCGAAAAAUAUCUUCAGCUCAACAAAGAGAUCCUUGGCGGUCUCGCGUCAGGCCAAGAUGAGGUGGAUCUUGCUGUAUUGCAAGUUGAAAUACUCGAAAAGUUAUGGGUAAAGAACCAAAAAUCCAAACUUGCUAAUGAACUAUUUCACGCGGUAACCAAGGCAUUAGUUUUGUUGACGGAAGCAAACCCCGACCGAUUCUCUGACUUGAAGUCACAGUAUGCCAAGGCUAACGAUAUUACAGAAAACCAGUGGCCCAAACUACUUUGGAUAGAUUAUUUAUCUCUUCAACCAAAUGACCAAGUUUUGAACCUAUACAUAAAAUCCUUCGAGUUGACAAUUGUUGAAUCUGUAAAUAUUCCAAAGGACAAAGUUUUUGAGUAUCACAGGAUGAUUAGAGAUAAUGAUACCGCUGCAUUGUUGAACUUUGGUGAUUUUUCUGCUGCCGAACAAUUAGCUGCUGGAGGAUCUCGGCCAGUUCCUCGUUCAUGCCACUACAAAGACCUUGUAAACACAAAAGAACUACCAACUGAUAUUUCAAAGCUACUUUUAAUUCUCAAAUUUUACCUAGGUUUAUAUGAAGAAGGGAUAUCCACUGAAAUGGCAAUCCAGCACUUUGUACAGAGCUAUGCCAGCAAAAUACCGCCAUUGGAGAUAAUUCAGUUGCUUCCAAGAAAGAUGCCUGUAGCAUAUUUGAGUGAGUAUUUAAAGAAAUGUAUUAACGAGGUCAAAAUGAAAGCUAGGGAGCAGGUGCUAACUAAGAAUUUACUCAAAUCCAAUAUAUCGCAAUCUAGACGUAUUAUAAAAGAUCUACUAUAG